CUGCAUGCUUUUUUGCUGAGCUUGGAUAUGCAAAACCUGUUGCUAAAGAAGUUCUGAAGGGUCUUUUUGUGCCAGAACUAAAAGGAAGCGGUGCUACUGGUCUCGCGAUUUCACUCCUAGGGGCUAUGGUUAUGUUAUUAUCCAGUAUACCACUCACUGUAUGAUGAUUUCAUCUGGAUGCAGAACUUUGGAGAUCCUAUGUUUCAUAGGCAUGUUGCAGCUGCAAGUGUUUGGGGUCUAGUAGCAUUAUGGCUAGCAGAUGAGGAGUUCUUACCUUUUGAUUAUCAAUCCUAUGCUAAGGAGCUCCAGCUUAAUGUGAAGAACUUGGAAGAUGAGAUUUCAAAUAAAGACAUGAAUUUGUCUCCUAUAUUGAAGUCAAUCAAGGAGCUUGAGAAAGCAGCAAUCAAGAUAAAUGACCAGAGAAAGGAAAUAGAAGCAAGUAAAGGUUGGAGAACAUGGAAAGAGUACCAAAUGAAAGUGAGAGAUGUGAAUGAUAGACUUAUGAUGGCGGAACGUGCAUUCACUGACAGAGAUGGCCUCUUAGGAAUGACAUGGCAUAAUCAUUUGGGUUCUAACUUCUAAGAAAGAUGAAAUUGAAGAAACCAAGCAAGCAAAGCAGAGAAGAAACAUCAAACAUGGCUGCUACUGUUGGAAUCACAGAAUUUAUUGGAGCAGAGAUGAUUGAGAAGGCAAUUUCUUAGUAGAUGAAGCUAUUUUGUCCAAGCUAAAGUCAAAGAA